ACAUUGCAGGCGAACAAUGGCAACCUCGUUUUCGUUUACGGCCGACGCGGCCGAGCAGGCACUCUUACAUGUGCAGGGCUGGCAGGAGCUCGAUGCCGGUGACGUGUCUGUGGAAACGGUCUCGGGCGGGCUGACCAAUGUGCUCACCAAGGUUGAGGUGAGCGAGGCGGCGCGGGCCAAGGUUGGCAACGACGCCCCGACGGCAGUCCUGGUCCGGCACUUUGGCAAGGGUACCGGCGAGCUUGUCGACCGCGAGCGCGAGGGCGCCAUCUUUGCCCACUUUGGGAGCAUAGGCCUCUCGCCGGCGCUGCUCGGCACGUUCAAGGGCGGGCGGAUCGAGGCCUUCUUCAACGCCAAGACCUUGGCCUCGAUCGACUGCCACGACGUCGACGUUGCAGCCAAGAUUGGCGCGCACCUUGCCCGCGUUCAUGCCGCCGACGUGCCCAUCCCCCACGAGAACGGCCUGCCGGACAAUCUGUUCCUCUGGUGGAAGCUCGCGGCGAGGUCGAUCAUGCCCGACGUCGAGGCCACCCGCAAGGCCAUGCAGUUUGACAUGCCGCGGCUCCACACCGAAGUUGCCUCGCUCAUCGACCUCCUCGCUUCGCUCAACGCUCCGGUCACCUUUACUCACAUGGACCUGCUCGCCGCCAACAUCCUUCAGCUCCGCGAGCCCGGCCGCGAGGGCGAGGUCACCUUUGUCGACUUUGAGUACGGCAUGUACGCCUGGCGCGGAUUCGACUUUGGCAACCACUUUGCCGAGGCCUCUAUCAACUACUCGGUCGACGGCCAUCCCGGCUUUGUCCUCAACCCCGACAACUACCCGAGCGAGGAGACCCAGACCGCGUUCUUCACCGCCUAUCUCGCCGAAACCGGCGUCACCGACCCGGCUGCUGUUGCUGCCGCCAUCCCGGACCUCAUGCACGAGGCACGCAUCUGCUCGCUCGCCUCACACAUGCUCUGGGGCCUCUGGGCCAUCGUCCGCGCCGCAAACCCCUCGGACGAGUUUGGCUUCCUCGAGUUUGCCGCCGCCCGCCUCGGCCAGUACUUUGCCCUCCGCAAGAAGUGGGGCGUGUAGUCCUGUGCCGAUAUGAACACACAUAUACAUACA